CCUUAAUUUUCAAAAGUCCGGAUGAGUUGGUUGUCUUCACUCUCUUGUAGCGUCUUUGUUAUGACAUUUAUACCGCCAAAUUCUAAACCCAUGCAUUGGGGUGUUUUUGUUGUGUCCGUCUAACCGCUAGCAACCGAUGAGCUACAACGGUAGGUGGACUGAAUAACAAUGUGGAACGACGUUGAGCUUCUAAUCAAUGAGGACACGAACACGGGUCACUUUUGCAGUGUCCGAGAGGAGAGUAGUGGUUUGUACCAAGUGGAUACCUUGGUAAAGAUUGCCUCACCUGAAAAGGUCCUGUCAAAUCCACAGCUUUAUGCCUCCAGCAAUUCAAACUGCAGCAUUGUUGUUGCUGAUACAACAGUAAUCCUCUUUGACCUCAGCUAUCAGACUAUCUUGCUACAUCUCGACUUUGACUCUAAUGUGGAUGCUGUGGAUGUUUGUCUGGAUGACCAAUUUUUGGUGGUCUGUGAGAGGAAUGGAAAUCUCCAUCUUAUCUAUCUGCCAAAAAAAAAGACAAUUCUCACUAGAGCAAUGUUGGAGAAAGCCCCCUUGGGAAAUAAGAAAACAUAUCAACAUAUUAUCCUACAACAGGAUAAGACAUCAGUAGGGAUGUACCAUCUGUUACUACUCACUCAGGAUGGAUUUUUUCACAUCACAAACCUUGCUCUGGAGAAGAUUCAAACAGCCAUCGAAAAAAUGGACAUUCAGGCUUUGAAAGAGCUCCAGUCUGUCAUUAUAACAGACUUCUACUCCACCAAGGACAUCCAUGGAGGGGGAUGCAACACAGCAAUUAUGUGCACCCUUGGAAAUGAUAUCAGUUUCAUGAUUGGGGCGGAUGGGGAAGCUGUUAUAACAAAUUGGAGGUUGGAUCAUUCCGCCAUGCCUCUCUGUCAGUCCCUGGACUCCAGCCUAAUAUCAGGGGUGAGAAAAAUCCUGGUGGUGGACAACCUCAUGUAUGUUCUUAGUGCCGAGAAUGUUUUGAGUCUCUGGGACCUGCAUUUCCUGGUGAUGGUGUACUGCUGGCCUGACCUCUUCAUCCAUGACUUCCUCCUAAUAACCGAGUGUGAAUCUGCUUCUAUGGCCACGCAAGAAAAGGCCAGCUCAAAGAUCAUUACAUUGACCAUGCAAGAUAAAAGCCAGACGAGGAACCUGCAGGUACGCUCGCUGCCCUCCAUGACUGUCCUCUAUUCUGUCGCGGUGUCUUCCGUAUCCUGCCUGGUCCAGACCAGAAUAAGCAUGGACACUAUAUAUUUACUGGAGGGAAUUCAUGAGAAUUCAGAAAGCUCUGCGGGGCCUAUAACGUCUGUUGUCAUGAGAUGCUUCACAGAGGCUCUGCCGGAGAACAGACUCAGUAGACUUCUCUACAAGCACAAAUUUGAGGAGGCAGAAAAGUUUGCCAUAACAUUUGAGCUUGAUGUUGAGCUCGUCUAUAAGGUGAAGCUGGACUUUGUGCUUGAGCAGCUGGCUUCAGUGUCUGUGGGAGGCAAUGGGCAGGAUAUAUGUUCUGACCUAGUGGUAGAGGCAAAAACAAACCUGUUGAAGAUAAUGGAUGAUCAGUAUGUGGUGGAGUACUGCCUCAAGGCUCCUUGGCCGACGUUCGACACAGCAGAGAAGAUGCUUAACCACGCAGCCUCUCGCUGCCCAUCCCAAAUCCAGGAGGCCCUGUCCAGGCUUGCCACCUUCUGCUGUGUCCACAGUCUGGAGAAGUUCAAUGGGAUCGCCUGGAUUGAGUUUCUGAACAGCAGCGACUACAUUGGAGAUGUGCUGUCCCACUUGAAAGAGGGUGACCUGAAGGGGGCCCAGCACCUGUGGCUUAGACACGAGGGAGAGAUUGCAACCCAGUUUGAUGAUCAAGGUCUUCAAGAUCUUCUCAACUCGAUUCCAGAGGAUCUUCCAUCCCAGGAUCUCUGUCUCUGGUUUAGGAGCAUCAUUGUUCCCUUUGUAAGGAGAGUGCUCCCCAGAGGACAGAAAAUCCUUGCAAGGUGGUUGGAGCAAAGGGCCAGGAUUCUGGAGUUAACAGAAAAGGGUGACUGGCCCCAAAAUGGACUGAACUUGGCAGAACUUGGGCUGCCCUCGAUGUGGAUGUGGAUUCCUACUGAGGACGACUGUGGUUCAGAGGAAGUCGAGCAGGUCCAGUCCCUGGUGUCUAACCUCCGCCAGCUGUUGGACCUCUAUAACAAGUACCACUGCAGGCUCUCCCUGUCAGUCUUUGAGAAGGCUAGCAGUCGCAGCGUAGCCUUCCUCAUGCUGGAUAAGGUCCCUGCGCCAGAGCUGAUUGCUGCCACGGUGGAGAGCAGCAUCAGGCCCUACAGUGUGGAGCACCAGCUACCCCUGGAUGAGCUGCUGCUACAGUACAUCAAGGAUCUGCUGGAGCGCUGCAGCUCACAGACCACUACGUUGUUCACAGAGUGGGAGGCCAAAGCUGUGGCUUUGCUUGGCUGCAUCGUAGACAGUGAUCUUGUGGUGGACGCUGUGCUGGCCAUCAUGCAGAAGGCCAUGGUGCCCUGGAGUGAGGUGGUGGAGAGGCUGGUCCAGCAGUACUUGGAGAUGAAGGGACCAAAGCAGGAUCUUCUGAAGGAGAGCUACCGUCUGAUGGAGAUGAGGAAACUGCUCAGAGGUUAUGGAAUCCGCAACUUCAACCUCUCCAACAACACUCAAAUCAUGACGCUGGUUAGGUACAUCCUCAAGCAGGACCUCCCCACCUCCCUUGAGGACUCUUUGAAGCUGGCUGGGGCCUACAAACUGCCCACAUCCCAGAUACACACCUUGUACCUCAUCCAGCUGAUUAGCCAAAGCCAGAAUGAGCAGUGUGUGACCCUCCUCAAAAACCUCCCCCCUGCAGAGGCGGAGCAUGUGAUCGAGAGGCUGGCUAACUGGGCACGACUGGAGCUGCAGGACAAAGACCACGUUUCUGAGGAGCACAAGAAGCACCAGAUGGUUAUAGCUCAAGUUAUGGUGGAGGCACUACUAUUCCUUCAGAGGAUCCAGAAAGGAGACGCAUUUAAAAGUGUUGAUUGCGAGAACAAUCUGAUGAUGUUCAAGGCGAUUGCACACCUUCAGGAAGACUUUGACAUCUUCCUCACUCCCAACAACUACGAGGACCCAACUGUGCGAAAGCAGAUCCAGGAGCGCCACAUCACCGCCUACGAGAACACCCGUCGACAAGGUCCCUCCCAGAGCACCCUCACAGCCACCCCCAUGGUGGCCAACGACCCAGAUGGCAAGACCAAGACCAUCUCCACCGAGGCCGGGCUCCGCCGCUUAGCACGGCAGCUCCAGCGCACGGAACAGGAGCUAUGGGCUGACCUAGCUCUGCGAGCCCUGGGGGUCGGGAAGGUGGACAAGGCCCUCAAGAUACUCAGUGAGCUGUAUGAGCAUCAUGGUACCACCAGUACUGGGAAGGUGCUGUUCAGUGCCGCCCAGAAGCUGUGCCAGAUGCUGAAGGCAGAUGUGCCCAUGGUCCUCCCCGAGGGUGUGGACCUCCCAGCAGUCAUCCACAAUCUGGCCUGCCAGGCAAUCACUGUCUGCCACUCAGACCUACUCCUGGACUGUGUGGAGCUGUGUAAGAGCACGCGGGCAGCCAUGGACGUCUACCACCAGUGUCAGCUGUCUGACAACUAUGGCUUCAUAGCAAAGGAUAUGUCCCUGGCGGCUGAAAGGGACCCGUAUUCCCACUGGAGCUUCCAGGAUGUCUUCAACGAGGACUGCAUCAUCCUGGACCCUGUGUCAGUCCUGCCGGUCCAGUACGAGAUCACCAACUGUCUGCUGCCUUUCUCCUCAGAUAGAAUACUUUAUCCACUGGAUUGUUCCUGUCUUUCUCACUGCUCUUUUGGGAAAGACGUGAACUUCCUCAAGUCUCUUCUGACGCCCCUGGCCUCCAUGCUUCAGAUGCUGCAGGAGUGCAGUCAGUUGGAAUUGGCCCUCAGACUGCUGGUUGACUCCUUUGGCAGCUGUCUACAACACAUCACCUCCAACAUCAUGGACGUCAAGCUGGGCGCUCAGUUGCACGGCCUAGAGGCCCUGCUAAAUUACAAGGCGUGCUUGACUGGUUUGAGGACAACAACUCUGUCCUCCAUCAAUUCUGUUGCAGUUGCCCUCCUCCACAAGGUGUUUAACUGGAGAGUGGUGGAUUGUGACCUGGCUAUUGGACUUUGCACUCUGCUUUCCAAAAACGAGGUGUUUAAGAUACUGUGGAAGGUGAUCGACAACACCUGGCAGAACUAUAAAAAGAUCUUGACUGUGGCUGUGGUGGGGGCCCAUCUCUGUAGCUUGUACAAUGAGGAAGAGGAGCAGAAGAAGUUUCUGUCCAUCAUCACUGAUGCCGAGUGGGGGAUCAAGCUGGGACAAUUAGGGAUAUCCAUCCAGGCUGUGUUUCGUCAGGGACCAGAGAUGAAGAGUAACCUCAUCCCUGUCCUGGUGAAGAACAGGAACACCACCCCUGAGAUUAUCCUCCAGUACUGCAGCACAUUCGGUCUGAACAGAGACGAAGUGAUCAACCAGUAUAUCACCACCCUGCUGCUGCAGGAGGAUGAUGAGAGGCCGGCAGGAGACCCCUGUGAAGGCCGGGGAGAGGAGAAGCCUCUGGGUCAUGAGGAUGCCCUGGAGAGAGCCCUGCAGAUCAUUCCCCUCCUUCAGAGCACCAGCAACCUCACCAUCAGCCUCAGUGCCGCCAUACUCAAGCUCAGCCCAUAUAACUAUGAGAGGAUUGAGGGAGUUCUCAGGAUCAUACAAAAAGCCGAGGAGCAAAUCACCAGCCUCCCAGUCAAUCAGGCGAUGGGUCUGCUCCAGCACCUGAAGUCCUAUAAGCGCAUCUCUCCCCCAACGGACCUGGAGAGCAACUAUCUUCUGGAGAAUGGUCUUGAACCUUCUGUCCUGAUUAAUACCAGACUCCCCUUCCAUCUGCUCAUGCAGACCACCUGCUACUGGAAGAUCAUCUCUCCAGAGCUCAGUGAAGAGACUUUUCCAACUCUGCUUCUGAUAAGCAAACUAAUGAAGAUGAGCCUUGACAAGCUGUACAUGUCUGCUGUCAACCACUUGUUUGAGAGACGUUUGAAGCCCAUCCUACUGGAGCAGCAUAAGAGGGGGCAGAAACACCCAUCCGUCACCGAGGUCUUCAAGGUGGCCAAGACCAUCACGGGGUACAUCCGCUCCAUCCAGAACCCAGAGUGGGCGGCAGCCACAGCCCAUAAGAUAGCUCAGGAGCUGCCUCCAGGCACUGUUAAGACCCAGACACUGAACUUCUGCCUAGCACUCGGUGAAUCAUGGCUGAAGGACCCAAAACUUGAGGAGACGACGCGAACCCGGGUGGAUACCUUCCUGUCCAAGCUAAAUCUGCAGUUCCGGCGUUCUGCCACAGAGAAUGCCCUCAUGGCCAGCCAGUUGAACAGCCCGGAGCACCUGAAGCUGACUGGGGAACCUGCACACCUCAUUGUCACCCUCUAUGAACACAGCAGUGUGGAGCAACGAUUCAGGGGCUCCGCUAGCCAAACCUACCCCGACAUUCACGCCGCAUGCAAAGAAAUAGCAACGAUCAACGAUGUGGACUUUCUGAAGAUACGAAGUAUGUUGCUGGAGAAAUGGAUUUGCAAAACCGGCCCGGCUGCAGCUAAGGACGUCAACAACCGGGAAUGUGUGAAUGAUAUUCAGGAGGAUCCGGAUCUCAUGAGGGUGGUGUAUCUACUGCAGAUCUACCCCAUGGAUGUGGGAGUCCAUCUGCUAGGCCCUAUCCUUUCUGCAGAAACAUGGCCCCUAAGCAGUUCGGGACUUCGUCUUACAUUCUGCCACCGGAGUCGGGCCCUGCUCUGUCUCAUCCACAUCGGGGAUCCUACCACCCUGGAGACCCAGCUACACAUCCCAAAGACCCAAGUCCAGUAUUACCUCAAGUGCUACAUAUACCUGUCUCAACUGGAGGCAUUAAACAUCCCUUACACUCUCGAAACGUUCCUCAACAUUCCCAAAGAGGGCAUGGUCAAGGGACUGUGGAAGAAUCACAGUCAUGAGCCCCAGGCUGUGCGUCUGGUGGCUGACCUCAGUCUGGAGUACCAGGUGUUUGACCUUCAGCUGUGGAAUGGGCUCCUGCAGAAACUGCUGGGCUUCAACAUGAUAAACUACUUACAGAAAGUUUUGGAGGCACUGGGAGCUGUCCCCGCUAUUUGGGAGGUCCCCUGUUUUUCUAGGACUUGGAGAAGUAUGAUUCUAGCUCCAUUUGUAUCAGCAUCUCUUCCCCUGAGUCCCCAACAGCAGGCAACUCUCUACAGGACCUUUGUUCUACUUCUUAAGUGCCCUUUCCUGUUGAACUUGGACCUGAUUGGCAUCGCCAAUCGCUUUGCUCAGUUCAGUCUGACAGCCUUUGCCCUGGGAGCCCUCCUGCUCAUCCCAUGUGCCAAGAAGAAGGAGCAACAGAUCCAGGGCCUCCUGUCGACCUGUGACCUCAUCGCCAUCCUAGAGCAGGUGGAUGAGCAUAUGAACACAGGGGAGUUAGCGGGGGUGCCCUCACAGAUAAGGGACACAGUCCUGGCGUUCAUUUGCCAAACCAGACAGUACCAGAAGCUGUGGAAGACAAAGCACUUCAAUCUUCUCAAGCAACACUCUGUAUCAAGUGGCAACUCUAACCAGGUUAAAGACCUGGUUGAUUACUUGAUCUCCCACAGCAGGGAGGAGGAUGCCAACUCCCUGGCCCAUGAGUUCCUGAGACGCAGACAGCGUAAAGGAGGGAAACUAAUUCCUGACAGGUCCCCUGUAUCAAGUGCCCUGAAGGAGUUUCUCAGCAUGGAUAUAGAUAGAUGAAUGGUGUGGUUAUCAACCGGAUAAAUAACAUAUGGGACAAAAAGUACCAAACACUGUACGUUUAUUCUAUUUGUCUGUCUUUGGACUACAAAUGUUUGCCUGUAUGGUCUUAAUCUUAUAUAUAGUCACCCUCCACUAUCCAGUUAUAAAUAACUUUGCUUACUAAACAUUUUCUUAUUGU